AAUUGACAGUUUCUCUUCCUUCAUUUCCCUUUUGCGUUUCAGUUUUAUCAUCACCAUCAGCUGUCAAUCAGGUAGGUUGUGCGGCGGUAGUGGUGAUGAGUGGUAAAUUAAUUUCGCUCUGAUUGACUCACCACUAGACACACGCAAAAAGUGACAAUUUUAAAAGCAACGUAAUCUCAGUAGUCACUGCGUUUCCCGUUUUUUUUUUGCGUUCGCGUGUGAAUAAAGUAUCGGAUAAUAUAGACGGGGUUUUUAGAAUAUUGGUAGUAAUUAAUGAAGAAUGGGUCGGGCGUUUAUUAAUAAGAAAAGUUGAACAAUUUGAGAAACGAAAAAUAAAGAAGGAACGCAGCUAUUCUGGAAAAUUAUGUUCAUUUUAGGUUGAUAAUUAUUUCCGUUCCGAAAACAAUCGUAAUCAAGUGCGCAACUAUUGUGAGUAUGGCAGCUUUGGAAUUAUUAUGGAAUUGUUUCCUUCUGAUGUUGUUUCUGGGUAUACUGAAAGCUGCACUAACAUUUUAUUGGCCCUCGAUCGGAGAGUGGAGAUAUGACGAUUUACAUCCAUCCCUUCGGUAUCGUGAAUCGUGCAGAGCAAAGCAGCUUCUCGUAAACGGUGUCUUUUUCAUUGUUUAUCCUUGUGUGCUGUGCUACCGUUGGUACCUUUCGAAGCGUUGGAAACUGUGGACAGAGUACAGUGAAAAGGACGACUUCGCGCGGUACGUUGAAUAUUCGCGCGAGGAAGAGGAACUUUUGCGCCACGGUAUGAUCCGUGGACGAAUGAUAGUACAGAAAGAAAUUGUACUGACUGAAACGAUGGAAGAUGAACUAUCGAGCUACAGAAUGUACGAUGAUGUAGAUGAUUGUGUUAUCGCAGUCGAAAAGGGAGCAUUGGAAGAGCAGAGUAAUCCAUCCGAAUGUGAACCUUUGAAUUUAUCGAAAGAUGGUGUGAAUAAUGAGGAAAUCAUCUCAAUGGAGUGUCCUACGGAAGAUUCGUCGAAGCUGGAUACAAAUCUUUCUAGCAGUGAAGAGGAAAGAGAUGAUGAUGAAAUUAGUUUAAUUCCACAAUCUUCAAAAACGUAUCAGGAUGCAUCGUCAUCAGCUUAUACUGGCGGUAAUAGGUAGUUUAAUAAAAUAUCUUAUCUGUUUUAAUUACGAAGAUUGCAGUAAUUGAAUUAGGAGCAGAGGAUAAGGAGAUGGUUUGACUACAA